AUGUCCACCCCCGAGAAAGCUGCCCUGCCCGCCACUGAUAAUGCUGCCCUGUCUGCUACCGACAAGGCAGCUCUCCCUUUCAGUGAACAACAUUACUUUUCGUCGUACGAUCACUUCGGGAUCCACGAAGAAAUGCUCAAAGACACGCUGCGGACGCUUUCGUACCGUCUGGCGAUGUACAACAACAAGCACUUGUUCAAGGACAAGAUUGUGCUUGAUGUCGGCUGUGGUACUGGUAUUCUCCUGAUGUUUGCCGCCAAGGCCGGUGCCAAACACGUGUACUCCGUCGACAUGUCCAACAUCAUCGAGAAGGCCCGCGAGAUCAUCGACCUCAACGGGUUCAGCAACAAGAUCACUCUCCUACAAGGUAAGCUCGAAGACAUCGAGUUGCCGGUUAAGGAAGUUGACAUCAUUGUCCUGGAAUGGAUGGGUUACUUCUUGUUAUACGAGCUGAUGUUGGACACGGUGUUGUGGGCCAGAGAUAAGUACUUGAAGAAGGGUGGUCUUAUCUUGCCCGACAAGUGCAACAUGUACAUUGCCGGGAUUGAAGACGGCCAAUACAAGGACGAAAAGAUCCACUACUGGGAAAACGUCUAUGGUUUUGACUACUCGCCGUUCAAGCAAGUGGCGAUGGUGGAACCCCUCGUUGACACCGUCGACAAUCAGUCGCUUGUGACUUCCGCUUACAAGUUCUUUGACUUUGACAUCAACACGGUUACCCUUGAAGAGUUGAACUUCCACCGCAAGUUCAAGUUGGAAGCGAUCGACACCGACUUGUGCCACGCCUUCAUCGUGUGGUGGGAUGCGUUCUUCCCCGGGGACCUGGCGACCAAGUUGCCUACUGGGCCCGCCAACCAAUACACCCACUGGAAGCAAACUGUGUUCUACAUGGAUCAAGUGCUCGACUUGCGUCGUGGUGACACCAUCGAAGGUAGUGUUGCUCUGAGACGUAAUGAGCACAACCCGCGUGAGCUCGAUAUCGAGCUUCGUUGGAAGACCAAGACCAAUGACAAGGCGAGAAACCAACUGGGCAAAUUCAACUACUUUAUGCGUUAA